GGAACAGCCCUGGGUGCUAUUUGCUAUUUUUUGGUAAAAUCCCCGCAGUCGAAAAUUUUCUUUGAUUUUAACAAGUAUUAAUUAUUGGAGUACCUAUUUUAUGUAUUCUAGAUAGGAGAAAAAUUAAGAAAAGGCAUAUUUAUGAUACGUAUAAAAUAUAUUCAUUAUAUUCAUGAAUCUAGAAAAGUUGAUAUCAAGGAAUCAAGCAUUCUUAUGUCCAACUCUGUCAUUGUGAAUUUUAGCUCAAGUUUUCCAUCAUUUUAUUAUAUUUCAUUGAUAUAGUGUAAUAUUUGCACAUAGUUUGUUUUAACUGGAGAACUUCUUCAAACUAAAAUCAUGGUGCUGAUCUUGAAUGCAGUUAAUAGGUUGGUCUUGUAAUAUCAAUGUAGUCUGGAAAUGGUGUGUAAAGAAGAGGUCUUAUUAUGGUUUAAGGACUUGGAUGGUCAUAAACGGAUAGAUGUGUUGUAUGAGAUACUAAAUAUGUGUUUGCCAUUUGAACUAAGAUUCAUAGGAUCAUGUAUUGAAGAACUUGGAAAACAUACCUAUCAAGAAUUAAGAGGACCUGCCAUAACAGCAAAUGAUCUGGAGAAGCUCUCAAAAGAUGUGUCAUUCAAUCAGGGUAUUUUAGAUGAAAAUGUGAGGCAUAGAUUGUUGAUUUAUCUGUCCUUGCUGUCAUCCAGGAAUCAUAGUGUGGCCAGUUGGUUAUACAGGAAGUUGUUAAGGACAGAAUAUAUAGAAGACUAUUUAGUGAAAGAAAAAGGAAAGGAUGAAACGUUACAUAGUGAAUUUCUAUUAUUGUUCACAUUGGCGUUACACCACCCUGCAUUUACUUUUGAACAUAAACAAUUUUUUAGUAGAAUACUCAUGAGUUUAAUUGAUAUUAGGGAGAAUCGAAUUUCUGCUAAACACAGUGCCCUUGGGUAUCCUCCUGGAUUUGGCUAUCCAACCCAAAUGUCUCUGGAAAUUCCAUCCAUUCCAGUGAAGACUGCUCCAACGCCUUGUGGUGACUCUUCAUCAGUGUUCCACCAACCACCUGGUCUUCAACACCUACCUCCACCACCACCUUUAGAUUUUAUUUCUCCUGUGUGGAACAGGCCUGGUUUCCCAUAUGGGGCCCCAGAGGUGCCCCCUUUUCCUGCACCUGCCAUUUCACCUCUAGUCAGUCAAGCAGCUUCACCCAGUCAAAGUAGAAGCACAUCGCCACAUAGGACAGCCAUCGGAAGGCCACCACCUUCGGCUCCUCCUCCAAUGUUGCCACCUCACACGAACGUCCCCCCGCCCACCGUGCCUCCUCCCAUGACGGGUCCGCCGCCCCCGAUGUGCGUGCCCCCGCCCCCGCCUCCUCCCGCAGUUGACGCGUCGACGGGCGGGCAAGGCGGGCAGGUAGGGCCGCCGCCCAAGAUGGCGCACGAGCAGCUCUCGCAGGCGACCCUGGCAGGGUUGGGCACGCCGCCCGAGAUGAAGUUGUCGGAGAACGAUGUGAUCAAGUUGGCCUCAUUGGAAGAUAAGCACAUGCGCGACAUCCUGUGGCCGCAGCACCAGCACCUCCCCACCAAGCCAGACGGCAAGCCGAACGGCGUUUGCCUAUUCCCGCCGUUCCUCGGCAAAGUCCGGCCGUACAUCGUCGAGCAGAUGCAGGCGAUGAACCUCGAUACCGCCAACUCGCUCCACCAAUCGAACUCGUCGAGCAACAGCAGUCCGAACGAGACUCCGCCCGGCACGCCUUCAAACACGCCCCUCGGCCCCGGUAGAGGGGAGGCCCCGCCCACAACGUUCAGCAGUGUGCCUUACACGUUCCCGCAGCCGUUCUCCACCCUGCCACCUAACAGGUCCAUGUUCCCCUACAACCAAUACAGGCCCGCCUUCGCGGGUCCCUAUCCCAACUUUGACACCUUUCCCACCUAUACCAUACCUUACGUUCACCUUAUGUAUUCCAGCCCUUACCAGCACAGGAGUCCGCCGGGGUGUUGCAAUUGCGGGGCGGCCGGUCACGUGGGCAGCGACUGUCGGGGCCAGAACAUCGAGGAGAUCACGGAGAAAAAGUCUUAUCAGCUGGAGUUCGCGGCGACGUUGCCGGAUGCGGAUAAAUGAUGUGCGUAGUCGAAUGGUUUUAUAGUGAUUGGGCGGUUACCGUACUGUUUUAAAAGUGUAUUAUAGGAGGAAAAAGAUUGUAACUAAUUGUAUAAAGUCUACCUGAUUGAUUUUUUUGUUAUACCAUUGUCAUUGUUUGCAGCGUGAGCCAAAAAAUAAUAUUACUUGUAUAUUAUAUGUUAUAUUUAAUAAAUUGUUCAAAAUUC